UCUCCUUUGCAUGCGAGUCUGUAAUAGUUCUGUCUUCAUUUGCCUCUGGCGGUCAAAGGCCUUUCCCUUUCGGAGGAGGGAUCGAAGGGAGGAGGCAGCGACGCUCGAAACAUGCAAACUCAGUCAAAUAGGACUGGGCUGGGCUGGGCUGGUGCGCGCUGGAGCGAAGGCAGCAGAUCCUCGUGCUCCUUUCCCCGCAGCAGGUCGGUCCAGUGAGUCUCGAUCUCGCCUGAGCCCUACAGCCGGACAUCGCCGGACAUCGCCGACUGACCAGCUCGCUGCACUGAGCCCACAGGAGAGCCGAGGAAGACCGCGGGCAGGAUGGAGUACACGUUCCGCGCCGUCACCCACACGCCUGGGAUCAUCGUCUGGAGGAUCGAGAAGAUGGAACUGGUGCUGGUGCAGGAGAAGUUCCACGGCAGCUUCUACGAAGGAGAUUGUUACAUCCUGCUGUCUACGCAGCGCUGCGGCACCACGGUGUCCUACCACGCCCACUACUGGAUCGGGUCCGAAUCCACGCAGGACGAGCAGGGGGCCGCCGCCAUCUACAUCACCCAGCUGGACGAGUUCCUGGGCGGGAGGCCCGUCCAGCACCGGGAGGUCCAGGGCCACGAGUCGGACACCUUCAGGGGCUACUUCAAGCAGGGCGUCAUCUAUAAGAAGGGGGGCGUGGCAUCAGGGAUGAAACACAUGGAGACCAACAGCUACGACAUCAAGAGGCUGCUGCACGUGAAGGGAAAGAGGAGGGUGACUGCCAAAGAGGUGGAGAUGGACUGGAAGAGUUUCAACCUGGGAGAUGUCUUCCUCCUGGACAACGGCAAGACCAUCAUCCAGUGGAAUGGUCCUGAGAGCAACCAGCAGGAGAGGCUCAAGGGAAUGUUGUUGGCCAGGGAUAUUCGGGAUCGGGAGCGGGGGGGCCGUGCGGAGAUCGGGGUGAUUGAGGGCGAUGCAGAGCAGGACUCGCCGGAGCUGCUGGAGAUCCUGACUGGGAUUCUGGGCCAGCGGACGCUGGAGCUGGGCAGAGGGGAGCCGGACGAACAGGCCGACCAGCAGCAGAAAGCCAACGUCACCCUGUACCAUCUCACCUCCACUCAGGGUCGUCACGCCUCCCAGGACGAGAUCGCCGCCUCGGCCUACCAGGCCGUCAGUCUGGACCAAAAGUACGGCGGGAAACCGGUCCAGGUGCGCGUCACCAUGGGCAAGGAGCCGCGCCACUUCAUGUCCAUCUUCAAGGGCAGGAUGGUCAUCUUCGAGGGCGGCACCUCCCGGAGGGGCAUUACGGACCCGGAGCCGCCCGUCCGACUGCUGCAGGUCCGCGGCACCGAGCCGUCCAACACCAAGGCCAUCGAGGUGCCGGCACUGGCCGCCUCCCUCAACUCCAACGAUGUCUUCCUGCUGCAGCACCAGGCGGGCUACUUCGUGUGGUGUGGAAAGGGCUCCAGCGGGGACGAGCGAGAGAUGGCGAAGAAGCUGAGCGUGCUGAUUGGUAAAGGGUCCGAGGAGAUUGUGGCUGAGGGCUUGGAGCCUGCCGAGUUCUGGGAGCAGCUGGGUGGAAAGACACCCUACGCCAACGACAAGAGGCUACAGCAGGAAGUUCCAGAUCACCAGCCCCGCCUCUUUGAAUUAUCCAAUAAGACUGGUCGCUUCAUUGCCACUGAGGUGACACAGUUCACACAGGAUGACCUCAGCGAGGAUGAUGUCAUGCUUCUGGACACCUGGGACCAAGUGUUCCUCUGGGUGGGCAACUCGGCGAACAAGACUGAGCGUGAGCAGGCGGUGGUCACAUGUCAGGAGUACCUGCUCACUCACCCUGGGGGGCGUGACCCUGACACCCCCAUCCUACUCAUCAAGCAGGGUUUCGAGCCUCCAACCUUCACUGGCUGGUUCACCGCCUGGGACCCCAACAAGUGGAGUGGAGGAAAGACCUAUGAGGAGCUGAAGAAGGAGCUGGGCGACGCUGCCUCUUUCACCAGGCUUGCGGCGGAUCUGAACGGAAGCUCUGCGGCCCCAGAUGAGGCCCCCAAGUCUUACGAGAAAUUCUCUCCCAAGGAGCUGCUCAACAAACAGGCGCAUGAGCUGCCGGAGGGCGUGGACCCCGCCUUGAAGGAGAAGCACCUCUCGGAUGAGGACUUUGUCGCUGUCAUGGGAAUCUCCCGGGACGAGUUUGACGGUCUGCCCCACUGGAAACAGCUCUGCCUCAAGAAGAGCAAAGGGCUUUUCUAACGGGAGGGGGGCGGGGCGCACAGGGGCACUGUGUGCACUGAGCCCACUGCAGGCCCCAGCCUGCAUCCUCGCACAGCGACGAUGCUUUUAAUCUCUGACCUCACCUGGAGCACGAACGGUCAUUACUGAGAAAAUAAAGUUGAACCUUUCUGCAGUC